GGAAAAACAAUGAGCGGUCAUUGGUCAAUAAACUAACCACGGUUCCAAAACAACUCGACAAUCUCUAUAUUAAAAGCAAAAGCCGAGGUUUUGGUUUUUUGAGUAGUGGCUAAGAGAGAGAGAGAGAGAGAGGGGCAGAGUGAGAAUCAAGGGAGGUGUCAUUUGUUGUUUGGUUCUCCUGGUUGUUAGCCAUGUGCCCCCCUGCAACUACUCCUGAUGCUAUUGAUGAUUAUACUCAUGAGCAGAUAUUUUUAGUUCUCGAAAAAGCUAAAAAUGGGUCUGCUCUCCCAAAUAAUGUGUCUGAAGACAUAAAUCCAUACCAGUACCUGCCUUCAAAUUUGCCGGCUGAAAUAUGGUUCCUAGUACAACAAACUGAGUCAAAGAAGUCGGAACAUGGACUCUGGAAGGCAAAAGGGGAAGCUUGUCCGAUAUAUCAAAAUGGCUCCAUUUGUGGUUGGAGGUCUACUUUGGAGUUUUUUAAAGGCCCUAAUGGACAAAAAACUGGCUGGGUUAUGCAGGAGUACAAGACCGAGAAGGAAGGAUAUUAUGAGAGGAGCCAGAAGCAAUCUCGAUCAUUGUGCUCGAUUUUCCGUUGCUCUAACGACAUGCCAUCGGAGAAAAAACCUGCUGUUGCAAGUAGAGGAAACGCAAUGAAUUCAAUGCUGUUGAGUGCUCCCAAUGCUAACCCUACUUCAGGAGUAGGUUCCACAAGUGAAUCUCAGGCAAAGAGCAAGGACGCAGGCAGCACACAAUCACCUCCGUUGGAGACAUCUAAAGAUGUCUCUAUUGAACGUUUGCUUAGUGCCAUCCUAAGUGAUGAGGACUAUAUAGAAAUGGACGAUCUUGAUGAAGUCCCCAAAUUGCCUGCAGCUGAUGAAGCUAUAGAUCCUCGUGACGAAGCUUUAAUCAAUCAAAUUCUGAUGGAAGAUGUCUUAGAACUGGAUGAUCUUACUGGAGACAUCGGGCCAUUGCCUGCAGCCAACGAAGCUGAAGAUCCUCGUAGUGAAGCUCUGAGUGAUCAAAUCUUGAAAGAGGGCUUCAUGGAACUGGAUGAUCUCGAAGAUCCUGAAGAUAUAACUGGCGACUUCUUGGAAAUGAAUGAUAUGGAUCGCAGACUCUCCCCUUCCACGAGUUCAGUAAAUACAAGUCACCGUAGCUUGGCAUCUGAAGAUGAUUUCUUUGCCACUCUGAGAAACAUGGAUGAUGAUAAAAAUGGUGACCCGAAGGGAAAGGGCUCCAGCUACAAGUGCAGGAAUAUGGGACCAGUGAAACCAGACGAGGUGAUUAUUCAGCUCGCUCCAUCAGGAUCCCUCGUUAAAGCCACUGGAAGCAAGGCAGGCGUUGAAACUCGACCAACUUCAUCAACCAACUCCAACAUCCAAUUAAAGCCGCCACAAACCCAGCCAUUAGGAGCCCGAGGCCAAAUAACAGAAAAGAAGGUCGAGAAAACUCUUCAUCGAGCAGCCACGAAGAACAAGUUUAAGAAGUACCUCUGCUUUUUCCCUUUCUAGAUUCUCAAUGUUAUGCUAUUAGCCUUGGCUGUGGCCUGUGUACAUGUAUUUUCAUACAUAUGUGCCUGUAAGAGAGAGAGACAGACAAAUAAUAAGCAUAAAGAAAGGUAGAAGAUAGUUUAGUGAGAAGUUAAAACCAUUAUCCCCUUAGAACAGCUGUUUACUGGAGGGCAGCCACUUAGCCAAAAAAAAAAAAAACAAGUUUUUUCUUCUUCUAGAGUGUGAUAAAAUAUCAGCAGACCACAGCUAUUUACAGUUCAUAAACACCUAUAGUCAAGCAGUAUAAGCCUUAGGUCUCCAUAGGAAAAGUCUCGAGUUCAAUUCUCGUUUUCCUCAAGUGUACGAAAAAUCCCUAAAAAGAAAAGGAUUAUUCGAUAUGGUGUUAUAUAUUUUCAAUUGAAGGUGUAUAUGUUUGUCUUGCUUUGCU